AUGAACCCCAGCUACCCGGCGGAGGAGCCGGUCAAGCCGUGCCUGGCCGCCCCGCCGGGCCCCGCCGCCCCGCCGGGCCCCGCCGCCUCCGCCCCGCUGCCCUACGGAUACUUCGGCAGCGGCUACUACUCCUGCCGCGUCGCCCGCAGCGCCCUCAAAACGGGUCCGGCCCAGGGCCCCUUCCCCCCCGAGAAGUACCUGGACCCCCCCGUGGGCAGCGAGGACUUCCAGAGCCGCCCUGCGGAGUUCGCCUUCUACCCCGGUUACGGGGCCCCCUACCAGCCCGUCGCCGGGUACCUGGACGUGUCGGUGGUGCCGGGGCUGGGCGGCCCCGGGGAGACACGGCAUGAGACGCUGCUGCCCGUGGACGGUUACCACCAGCCGUGGGCUCUGGGCGGCAGCUGGAGCGGCCAGAUGUGCUGCCCCAAAGAGCAGGGCCAGGCCGGGUACCUCCUGAAAUCCGCCUUUGCAGACGCCACCACGCAGCUGCCCUCCGACGGCUGCUCCUUCCGCCGGGGACGCAAGAAGAGGGUCCCGUACAGCAAGGGGCAGCUGAAGGAGCUGGAGAAGGAGUACGCCAGCAGCAAAUUCAUCACCCGUGACAAAAGGAGGAAGAUCUCUGCCACCACCAACCUCACGGAGAGACAGAUUACCAUCUGGUUCCAGAACAGACGGGUGAAAGAGAAGAAAGUCGUCGCCAAAAUCAAAAGCAGCAGCACUCCGUAA